UUAUAGGUAAAAAGUGAAAACACUAAAAAUGUAUACUUUUUUUUUUAUAUGCAAUUAAUAACUAUUCAAUCAUGCUUAAAAAACGUGUGUCAUAAAAUUAAAUUACCCGUAGCAUGACAUAGUAAACCGAUAUUACUGCACUUACAGCCAAUAUUGGUCGACAAUCACCGCUCGUAACCUAUAGGUCAAGUUGAAGGUGUAACACAACUACCUACUGGUUUACAUCGAUAGUCCAUAAUCGCAGUCGGUCAAUGUUCACUAUUACACGAUCAUUUGAAUGGAGGUUGCCCGUGUCUGUGUUGUCGUUUGUUCGUCAUCACAGACAUCCCUCGACACAGUUGCCCAUUAGUAGACUCAGCAGCACAAAACCUCGGGCCCGUUCAAGGAUGUCGUUGCCUCAUUUGCCCACUGUCAGUAGUAUCUCGCCCAGAGUGCUACGGGUAUUGGGAUGCAAUCCUAGUUUCAUGACAUUACAGGGUACAAAUACUUAUGUGAUUGGCACGGGUGAGCGGCGUAUAUUAAUUGAUACAGGAGAGCCAAACUUUCCGGAAUACAUAAAAAAUCUUCAAGAAACAAUGAUGAAGUAUAAUUUUCAAAUUGAUCAUAUUAUAAUAUCACAUUGGCACUCGGAUCAUAUUGGCGGAGUAAAUAAUGUGUUGGAUAUGAUCACUAAUAAAAGUGAAUGUAAAGUUUGGAAGUUCAAUCCAAAAAUAGGUAAAAAGCGAGAUUACAACUUUCCACUUCAUUUUGUUGAAGAUAAACAAAAGUUUCAUGUUGAAGGUGCUACUUUAACAAUUCAUCACACACCUGGACAUACAACUGAUCAUAUAGUUAUGUUUUUGGAAGAAGAUAGGGCAUUGUUCUCUGCUGAUUGUGUGCUUGGAGAGGGAACUACUGUAUUUGAAGAUCUAACAGAAUAUUUAAAAUCAUUACAAUUGAUUAUAGACCUAAACCCAACAGUUAUAUUUCCUGGUCACGGUUCUGUUAUAAAAGAUCCAAUUGUUCGAGUAAAUAAUUACAUUAAGUAUCGGUUAGAAAGAGAAAUGGAGUUAUAUAACUUAAUUACUAAAAGUCCAUCUGGCUCAUUGUCUGAAGAAGAUAUUGUAAAUGAAAUGUAUAAGGUUAUUCCAAAUGAUUAUAAGAAAAUAGCUAUGUAUGUUGUAAAAAAUCAUCUUGUUAAAUUAGAAAAGGAUGGAAAAGUGGUUCUAAUUGCUGACAAAUGGAGAAUCAAAGAACAAUGAGACGUGUGAUAGAAUAUUUUUUAAAUUUAAAUUGUUAAAAAUUGAAGUGUGUUUUAUUUUUGUGUAAGUAAUAUUAAACUGGUAAAUUAAAAAUUUGUAUAAUGGUUAAAACUAGAGAUAAGAAUUACAUGGAUUAAAAAUGCAUAAAAUAUGAUGUAUGAAUUAAUGUGUGUCUUGUUAAUAUGCCAUUUUAAAAAUAAUCAAAGAAAUUAAUACAAUACAAAGAACAUUCAUACUUUAAAAACAUACAGUAUAAAAAAUUAAAAAUCAAAUAUGUGGAUAACAUGUACAUAAUAUUAUUACAGAUUAUUAUAUCCUUAACAAAUAUGUCCACCAAAUUUUAACAGAAUAUUGUGGAAUGCAGCAACACCAUGGAUAAAAAAACAAAAAUGUAUUUUCAAAAUGCAACGAAUUACUAUUAUAUAGCAUAUUAUGCUGUUCUUAAAAUUUCUACUAGCUAUUCCAAUUUCAACCAAACAUAUGAAUAGAACCACUGAAAAUAAAAAAAAUAGACGAUUGAGUACGAGAUGUUUGCAACUCACUUUUUGCCUCAUGCAAUUUUAAAAUAAUGACAAUUUUAUUUAUAUAUUUGGCUUCAUCAUAAUUUUUAAUUACAGUUAAAACUCGAUUUACCGUCAGUUUCUGUUAUCCGUCAUCGGUCACCGUCUAAAAAAAAAUUAACGAUGCGAUUGCGAUAAAAUCGUUAUGGUACCUAACGCGGCGACUAUCAUGCGUAUAAAAAUAGUUUAUAAUAUCAAUGCAAUAAAUGCGAUAAAUGUGAUAAUUUGCAAUGAAGAUGACGGAUUAUUUUGUUUAAUAUUUUUUAGAAUGGUAUUCUUUAAGUUAUUACAUAUUACAUAUUAUUUACAUAUUAGUA